CCUUCCCAUCCUCCAUAUACUCUCCUCUCCAACCCUGUGUUGUUUGUCGCUGAUCCCGGGGACCUGUCACAAUGUUUGCCGCUAGGAACUUCGCUCUCCCUGCCCGCCAGUGCUUGCGGAGCACUCGUGUCUCCCCAAGCAUUGCCUCGCCCUUUUCGCAGCUCCGUGGUUAUGCCGCUGCCGCCGACGAGCGUGUCGCUAAGUUCAAGGGCCAGAAGGACACCGAUGGAAAGUACACGGUCACUCUGAUUGAGGGUGAUGGCAUUGGUCCUGAGAUCUCGCAGUCCGUCAAGGACAUCUUCGCUGCCGCAAACGCCCCCGUCAAGUGGGAGCCAGUUGAUGUUACUCCUAUCUUGAAGGAUGGAAAGACCGCUAUCCCCGAUGAAGCCAUUGAGAGCGUGAAGAGGAAUUACGUCGCCCUCAAGGGGCCCCUUGCUACCCCCGUUGGAAAGGGACACGUUUCUCUGAACCUCACUCUCCGCCGUACCUUCAACCUUUUCGCCAACGUGCGUCCUUGCCGUUCCGUUGCUGGCUAUGAGACUCCUUACGAUAACGUCGAUACCGUCCUGAUCCGUGAGAACACCGAGGGUGAAUACUCUGGCAUUGAGCACGUCGUCGUCGAUGGCGUUGUUCAGAGCAUCAAGCUCAUCACCAAGGAGGCCUCUGAGAGAGUCCUGCGCUUUGCUUUCCAAUACGCUCGUUCCAUCAACAAGAAGAAGGUCCGCGUCGUGCACAAGGCUACCAUCAUGAAGAUGUCCGAUGGUCUCUUCUUGAACCUCGCCCGUGAUAUUGCCAAGGAGUUCCCUGAUAUUGAAUUCGACGCAGAGCUGCUGGACAACUCUUGCCUCAAGAUCGUCACUGACCCCACCCCUUACAACGACAAGGUUCUUGUCAUGCCUAACCUGUACGGUGACAUUCUGUCUGACAUGUGCGCCGGUCUGAUCGGUGGUCUCGGUCUCACUCCCUCCGGUAACAUCGGUAACGAGUGCUCCAUUUUCGAGGCUGUUCACGGCUCUGCCCCCGACAUUGCCGGCAAGGGUCUUGCUAACCCCACUGCUCUGCUUCUGAGCAGUAUCAUGAUGCUUCAACACAUGGGUCUUGGCGAGCAUGCUGCUCGUAUCCAGAAGGCCACUUUCGAUACCCUUGCUGAAGGAAAGACUCUCACCGGUGACUUGGGCGGCAAGGCCAAGACCCACGAGUACGCCGAGGCCAUCAUGAAGCGUCUGUAAGGGAUUCGGUUCGCACCAUGUACUAUUUCCCUUGAUUGUCUCCUUUUAGCCUGUGAAUGACUAGAACAAAUGUAGUGACCUAUUUAUACGUACAAUGUAUUUAUUUAGAUGCCA